AGAGCACGUAACGCGCCGACCAGUGCGUCCGAAUCAGACAUUUUGAGGCCGUUCUUGCUCACGUGAUGUAAACACCUCCUAGUCAGCCCCCAAGAGUCUGGACCGCCGACCAUGUCAGCCUUGUAUCAUUUGGCUGGUCAGCCCACCCCGUCAGCCAUGCACUCGUGGCAAUACAAAAGACCUGGGCUUCUGAUCUCGACACUACAUCUUCUAGAUCCUGCAUCUUAUGUUCUUUCCUCGAUCUUCUAUCGCCGCACUUAAAGCCUUUGUCACCGUUCUCCUUCUACCUCAAUUUCACUAUCCAUCGACCAUGCACGCCCAGAACCGCUCCGGCUCUACAUCGGGUUCCCUCUUGGCUCCACCAGACGCUCUUAUCGAAGAAGAUAUCCUGUCAGCUGGAAAGGCUCGUAGGCCUGAGCCAAAAGCUACACCUCGCCUGCGCACAUCCAACACACACAUACCUUUGGUUCCUAAACCUUACCACGGACACAUUCCCAAAGCGCCUAGACCCGACGUCCAUGCCUUCCUCCCUCCACCAUAUAGCCAGUCUGCAUCAUUCCUCGCCGUUCCAAAUAACACACCUGCGUCCACGCCACCUCCGCCUCCACUCAGUAGCAGUAGCAGCUCAGAUGAUUCUGUUAUGCUCAGUACGCCCAACAUCUUUUCCGGCGGUCGAUCAGGACUAGUGGGCCUCGGUUUCGAAGGUCUAGAGAAAGGGGGAGGUGGAGCAUUUGACGGGCUCGGAAGGCUCAGCGAAGGCUUCAGGUUAUCCGAAUCCUCGUCUGGGGAAGAGGGAUCCAGCCAAGUUCGGCCGAAAGCGGUUGUGCGGCCCAAGAAGAGACAUGACGUAUUUUUCCCGUGCCCACACCACUCUAGGUCGCUAUCGCCUGUGUCGUUCUUAGCACGUGCACUGCCCAACACUGCGGUGAUGCAGUUCCGAGUUCAUUGUCGGAAUGAUAGCGGAUCACCUACGCCUUGUAUGAAGCAUGAUCCUAGUAGGAGCACGGUGUCGACUGAGUUGAAGCGAGCUGCUGGAAUUGAGCGUCGGGCAUCGUUGCGUCGAUGUAGUAGUAUGAGUGGAUGGCGGUAGUAGUAAAUAUGGACAAAUAAGUUACCUUUAGUUGUCAAGGAGAUGAAUGCACGUUGGGUG